AUGGAAAAUAUCUUCUGUAAUGAAAAAGAAUUUCAUGUAGGCGAUCGAAUCUUCACGUGCAAUUUUAAUGCCCAUAAUAACAAAGAAAAUGAACAAGAUAAUAGUGACCAUUUUAUGAAUGAAAAGAAUAAAAAAAAUUAUGAAUAUACAGUUGAAAAUUCAGAAAAACUAUACGAUUCAGAUGAAGAAGAAGUGGUUGAUAAAAACUUGAAAAUCUAUUUAUUUAAUGAAGAUAUAGAAAUUAAAAUUGGAACGAUUAGAUAUAUUGGAACGUUGAAAAAUCAUCCUUCUGAAAAUAAAAUAUUUUAUGGUAUUGAAUGGGACAAUGAAAUUAGUGGGAAAAAUUUGGGGAAAUUUAAAGAAGACAUUUAUUUUUAUCCUAUUCAAUAUCUUAAAAGGGAAUACACAAAAAUGUAUUAUAUGAAAAUAAAGGAGGGAUUGAUGAAAAAUGGAAAAAUGGGAAAUAAUAUAAAUGACAACAUUGAAUGUGAUGAUAAAAUCGAAUGUGAUGAUAAUAUCAAAUGUGAUGAUAACAUCAAAUGUGAUGACAACAUCAUAUGUGAUGAUAAAAUCAAAAGUGAUGAUAACAUCAUAUGUGAUGAUAACAUCAUAUGUGAUAUUAACCCUUUUAAUAACUUUCAUCAUAUACAUAAUGAUGAAAAAACAAAACACAUUUUUGAAGAAUUCUUAAAUGCUAAUCUAAAUAUUAAACCUUGCUCCUUCUUAACAUUCGAAAAUAUACACGUUGGUAUUACCUUUAUACAAGCUCUACACUUCCGUUAUAAUUAUUUUCCAGAUUUAGAUUUAUCCAUCGAAGAUUAUCAAACUAAGAAAAUAAAAAAAGUAAUUUUUUCAGGAGAAAUGAAAGUUCGAAAUUAUUUCAAAAAUUUUUAUGAAUUAAAAAAUAUAACAUUAAAUAAAUGUUUAAUAUAUACCAGUGGUAUUACCAAUAAUAUUAUUUUUAAUAAUUUACAGAGUUUAUCUUUAUGUGGAAAUCUUCUUAGUAAUUGGUUAGAAAUUUUUAAAAUUAUAAAACUAGCUAAAAAAUUAUCUUACCUGAACGUGUCAGAUAAUAAAUUAUCUCCCAUCUCUUUGCAAUGUGUUCUUUUAAAAAAUUUAGAAUCUGGAUAUAAUGAAAUAAAAAAUAAAUGUGAUACGAACAUUACACAUGAUAACCAUACAAAUAAAUAUGAUCAUAUUAAUAAUAAUCGAAAGGAACAUUGUACAAUAUCAGAAUUAAUUCAUUUUGUACAAAUAAAAGAAUUAUGUAUUGAUAACACUCUUAUUAGUUGGGAUGAUGUUUUAAUUUUAUCUUUCAUUUUUCCAAAUGUUGAAAUAUUAAGUUUGAAAAAAAAUUAUAUAAACAAUAUUAAUAUAAAAAAUUUAAAGCUUUCAAAAAAUUCAAUUAUAUAUAAAUACUUAACAAACACAACCUAUAGGAAUUUUUAUGGACUAGAUAAUAUAAUAAAUGACAAAAAUGAUGAUAACAAUAAUAAUAAUAAUAUGUGGUCUUAUAAAGAAAAAAAUAUACAUAAUAUACCAAAGUGCAAUUCAAAUGUUUUUAUUCAUGAUGGAAAGAAACACGAAUGUGUAAAUUAUACACAUAAUAAUGAUCAUAAUUAUCUUAAUUCUCAACCAUCUGAUGACUAUUCAUGUAAAAAUAUGAACAAGUCAGGUGAAAGUGAGAUUGCAAAAAAUGAGAUAUUAUUUCCAUAUAAGUUUGUAAUGUUUUCUAAAUUACGAAAAAUAGUACUUAAUGAUAAUUAUUUGUAUGAUUAUGAAGAUUUAUUUAAUUUUGUUUAUCACAUAAAUUCCAUACAAUCUAUAUUUUUAAAUAAUAAUAAAUUCAGCGAUAAUCAAAAUUUAAUAGAUAUCGUAUAUAAUAUAUGUAUGCAAGAUUUGAAGUAUAAAAUGAAUGAACAGAUGGAAACUCUUGACAAAUUUGAAAUAAUAAAUCAGAAAUUUAAUCAUUUAAAAGAAUUUUUAUUUGAUAAUAAUGAAGUAAAAAAUUAUGAAACCUUGAGAGAUUUAUUUUAUAUAUUUUAUGAUAUUGAAAUAUUGAAAAUACAAAAUAAGCAAAAGCAUAUGAAAGAAAGAAAAAAUCUCCGAUAUAUAUUUAUAUCCAUAAUGCCUAAGCUUAAAAUAUUAAAUCAUAGUUCAAUAAAUAAAAACGAGAGAAUAAAUUCCGAGAGGUUUUUUAUAUCUUUAUAUCAGAAGGAUAAUAUUACAAAGGUGUUUAAUCAAGAGGUCUUAAAUAAGAGGCACAGUACGAGGUUGGAGAAGAUACACUAUGAGGCAGCCAAGGAUCACGAACAUGUGGAAAAAGCCAAAUGUAUAAAAACGAACCUUAUCAACAUAACAAUCAUUCCAGAAUUUUUAAACUCAGAAAAAUUUGACAUUGUUAAGAAAAAGGUUAGUAAAUAUAUGUACGUAAAAGAUUUGAAAUAUUUAUGUUCAAGAUUAUAUUCUAUACCUUUGCCAAAAAUGCGAUUAUUUUACACCGACGAGAAUAAUCCUCUUUGCUUAGAAAUUCUAGAUACCAAUGCAACUUUGUACACAUACGGAAUUGACAACAAUUCAAAAAUAAAAAUAAAAAUGGAAGAAUAA